GAGGUUAGACGUUAUGCCAACAGCAUCUCAACAUUUUUGAAAACAAUAGUUUCAACCAUUUUAAACUUCUCUAUUACUUUGAUUCUGGUGAAUCAAAUUCUAAUUUAUUUAUGUUUGCUUACGUUGUUAGGAACUUACACAUAUCCGAAAUUACCAUGUAUUAAAGUAUGUACCACCAGUAUUUUUUAACAUGUUAUACACCAUAUAGUGCAUUCCCCAUAUGAGGAAAUUCCACAAUAUUACUCCAAAAUUUCUCCCUAAUCUCGGUGGAAGUCAAGUGACUUUGAGGAUUUCCCAAAAAUCACCUAAACUUGGUAGAUUGUACGUCUUUUAACAGAAAUAGAUUUCCAACCUACGACAGUGAUCAUUCUUAUUUUGUGAACAGAAUCAUGAAAUAAUUCACACAACAUGAAAAUUCGAAAUUUUCCGAUACUGUUUCCGUAGUAAUUUUAGUAACAUUUAUGUUUUAUCCAAUGGUGUACUUACCCGAGCUCUCAAGUUGGUGAAAAUUUUGGGGGAUCCUGGGGAAUUUUCCCAGGUCUGGGAAAAUUUUGGAGUUCAAGUGUCAUUUCCCUAAAGUUUACUAUAUCAGUUUUCUCAGAAUUUUCUCGAAAUGGGUCAAAUUUUUCCCAAGAUUUGGAGCUCAGGUAAUUUCAUGUAUGGCAUUCCAAGCCUACAAAAAUAAAAAGAGACAGAUCUUAAUGAAUUUAGACUUUACCCAAGCAACUCUUAUGCUAAUUAAGACGACAUCGUAAAGAAAGGUGACUCUUCUUGCCUCAGAUAAGGAAAUAAUGAGACUUUUCACUCAGAUAUCUAAUAUGAAGUGAAAAGUCUCCGAAUUCCCCCAUUGUAUCUGAAAAACGCAAAGGAAAUGUUUGUUAUUGAAAAUUAGCAUCUGCAUCACCCUCUCUUGAUUGAUAACGCUUGUUCAAUCUGUCUCUCAUAUGAUAUUUGAAAAUUUUAGUUAUACUGUCUACAGCUUUAAAAAGCUGUUUUUCUAUGACAGUUGUUGACGUGAUCUUUUAUUUUACUGAAUUCACGAAAAAUUGUCACAAUUACUCGCUCUUACUUUUCGUACAUUUGUAGAAUAGAACUUUAUUGAGGCUUUUUUCGCUUUCCAUGUCAAGUAACGUGAAAUAAAUUGGCAAUUCUAAGUUGACUAUGUGCACCACAAUGUACCUGAGUUAUGUCCCAAGGUUGUCGUACGAUAGGGACUUGAUGCAUUACCAUGGCACUAUACUUUAAGUAUUUGAUGUUAGUUAAAAGAAUCCGGGCUUUAUUAUGAGUUACUUUAUCUCUAUAACCUGAUAUCCCUCAACUAAAAAAUAUUUUAAUCCUUCCAAAAUAUCUAUAUAUCAGAUUUUAUACCUUAAAGUUUACUUGUCAAAAUCAACAAACUGUUCACUACGUAUAACUGCAUCCGGUAAGGUUCUACCUUUAUUUCUCUCUUUUUGAGGCUAAAGAGCAGAACAAAUUAAUCUAUAAUAAAUAGGGUUGUCAAAGAAUUCCUUAAAAACUAAGGUAAAAGGCAAGUCUUGUUUUAGACAAUUCGCAGAGAGUACUGUUGCCAGUAAUUUUGGUGGAGAGUUCCCCAGUAUAUUGAUUAUGUAUAUUAAGAAGUUCAGGUGAAUUUUUAUGUGAGUUCUUCCUUCUACCACAAUCAUAUGUAUUCUUAAGUGCGGUUUAAUACUGAAACGUAUUGAUGGUUUAUUGUGAUGAAGACUGCUACGAGUGAUAUGAUAAAUCAUGAUAUGCAGCUUUGCAUUGCACAGGCUGGAACUUAAAAGCCUGCAGGUGAACUAAGGGGCUCUCAUAUCUAAGUUGCUAUUUCUUGAACACGCUUCAAGAGAAUAAUAUUCUUUCCAAAAUAAAGGGAUACUAUAAAGGGCAGAAUUGCUUUACCUUAGUUGUUGAUUAUCUUCCGUACUAUAGACCAAAUAGUAUAAAUUUGUUACUUUUUACUGGUAGUUUUUUAUUAGCAAUUCAGAACUGCAAACAAGUCGGUAACAAUGUAUUAAGAUACCAAGUGGAACUAAAUAGUUAGAUUUCUAGAUUAACAUGGUUCAUCGUAUGCUUGAAGUAUCAUAAAAUAAGAUACAAUCUAUUAAAUGAGAAGUGUAGAUAGAUGUUAAUAUUCAAGUUUAGACUGUUUGACUAUAGUUUACGAAAUGAUAGUUAAAGAUGGUUUUAAGCGUUAGUUAAUCUAUUAUCAAUUAAAUCACCAAAUACAUUCAUGCCUUUUAUUUUAGUUAUGAAAAUCCUCUUGAAUCCAACUUAUCUCCUUAAAGGUUAUUACACCACUGAUCAUGCAUAUGUCAUAAUAAGGUUUAAUAGUUUAAACCAAUAAACUGCUGAGAGUUAUCUAAUUUAACUCAGUUUUUACCGCGAAUUUGAUGACCAAACGUUUAUAAUGUUUUUGUCAAAUAUAUCCAAGUAAUUCAAUUUUGUAAUAUUUCAUUCCUAUAGAUUUUAAAAAAUAUGAUAAUUUUGCUCACUGUCUGAAUAAGAAAAUUGAUAAGAUUUUCAACAUAACCAAUUAGUUAGGUUACCUAUGUUAUUGUUGAAAUGUCUCUCUCAACUGAAGGAAAUCAUUGUCUUAAAAAUUUACGAAAGUGCUCAAAUGAUCAAUCAUUUCACUUCUCUGAAGGAAAUUUAUCUAAUUCAAAUGAUCUAAUCAAUUCGCUUGACCGAAUCCAAUGGACAAAUUUAACAUCAUUAGAUCUAUCAUCAAACAAACUGCGUGAUAUUACGCUUUUAACUCAUGCUGAUAAAUUAGAAAUUUUAAAUCUGUCAAAUAACUUCUUAAAUAACAUCUCUUCAGUAAUUGGUUGCAAAAGUCUAAUUAGUUUGGAUAUCUCAAAGAAUGAUAUACAUGAACUACCAGAACUAAACAGGUUGCCAUUUUUAGAAAAGUUGAAUGCAUCUCAUAAUCCAAUAGGAAGUAUUUCCGGUUUAUGGAGAUGUAUGAAUCUAAGAUAUUUAGAUAUGACAUCAUGUCAUUUAACUUCAUCUAUAUUAACAGGAUUAAAUAAUAAUGAAAUUCAACUUGGUGCUAUUAAUCCCUUAGAAACAACUAAUACAUUAUUGAUUUAUUUAAAAGAAAAUAAUCUUUUUAAUCAAUUACAACCAACAUUAUUAGGUAUUCCUAAUUUACGUUUAUUAAAUUUAAGUUAUAAUCCUCAAAUUUUUCAUGCUUUCACUAUUCAAUUCAAUAUAAAUGAAUGGUGUUCUAUACAAAAAAAUUUAUAUCAUAAAAAUUUAUUGAUCAAUGAACAAUUUAAUAAAAAUUUAUUAAAUAAUCAAUUUAAAAAUGAUUCUAAUGGUUAUGGUUUAUUACCCUAUAAUAUUGAAUAUUUAAAUUUACAAGGAUGUAAUAUACAUUUUAUUAAUGGUUUAACAUUUAUGAAACGUUUACAGAUACUUAAUUUAAGUCAAAAUCAAAUUAUAGAUGAUCAAGCUUUAAUGCCACUUAAAUCAUUAUCAUCUUUACAAAAUUUAAAUUUAAAAAAUAAUCCAAUUUGUGAUCAGAAUAAUUAUUUUGAAAGAAUAAUUUUUCAAUUGAAAUAUUUGAAAAUCUUAAAUGAUCGUCGAGUGUCAAUAAUGGAUAAAGUACGUGCAAAUCUCUACUAUGAACCUACAUUAGAACAAGUAGCCAGAGAAGAUCAUCGAAUUAAUUUACUGCAUCAAUUUACAAAACCUCAACGAUUAAGAGAUUGUACUUUACCAAGUCUAGAUACACCAUAUCCAAUUCUUGCUAUUAUUGGACCAGUUGGUAUUCAUAAACGUCAAUUAAGAAAGUUAUUAUAUCAAAAGUUAGAUAAUUAUUUUGCUCCACUUAUUUGUCAUACAGAUAGAUUACCUAAAUAUAAACUAAUAAAACAAUUCAAUUCUGUCCAAUCAAAAGAUUCAUCUCAUAAUAUAACAAAUACCCAAACUCGAUUAAACAAUAAUAAUAAUAAUUCAAUAGAGAAUAAGAUGUUAUAUGAUUCUAAUUCGGAAAUUGAUGGCAUCGACUAUUAUUUUGUGAAUACAGAAGUGUUUAAUAAAAAACGAAUUGAUGGUGAAUUUAUUCAAACUGCUAAAAUUAUGGGAUAUCAAUAUGGAUUAUCAUGGGAAAUACUAGAAAGUAUUGCACGUCGUGGAUUAGCCGGUAUUGUUGUUGGUGAAUUAGAACUAUUAUAUGGAUUACGUUUAGCUGGACUAAAACCUCGAUCUAUUUUGUGUUUACCAAAUAAUUUAUAUUAUUAUGAAAAAGUAUUACGUGCUAAAUUAUCACAAAUUCAUUAUACUCAAUCUGAAUUAUUGUGUAAUAAUGAUAAUAUAUUAGAAACAUUAUUAGAAAAUUCAGAGAAAUGGAUAAACUGGUAUAUUCAUAGAACUUCUCAAUUAUAUCCACAAAUACAUCGUGAUAAUCCUGGAUUAUUUGAUGCUGUAUUGUCUAUUGAUGAUACACAAGAAUUAUUUCAACAAUUACUUUUAUUGAUUUUUGACUAUUUAGGUAUAAAUAGCUCCAAUGAGUUUCCUAAUAUCCAGAUGAACGAUAAUGGUAUUGCUGAAAUAUAAAGUCCCUCACAAAUACAUGGGUUGUGAUGAAAUACGUUGAGAUUAUUUGAUUAGCUUAAUUAUAAGCAAAUAAAGUUUAGAGACUUCGUCGUCUGAAAUAGCUCAGCUGUUUCAUCAAUAACAUAUCUGACCAAGCCUUCUUUACAAGCAUUAUCUAAAAUGAAUACAUGAUAACUU